UGAAACCAACACAAAUUACUUAAAAACACACAAGAAGCUAAUAGAGAGAGAGAGAGAGAGAGAAAGCAACAAAUCAAGGCGUAUAUUAAGCUGUUUCUUGGGAAUCUGUGAGGCCGUUUCAUCUCAUUUCCCCUCGCUCUCAUAUUCAUUUUUCGACCCAGACAAAGAAAGAUAGCGAAAUUUUUAAUCAGUCCUCUCUUUUGCUCUGUAGAAGUUGAUUUUCCGGCGGUAAUUGUGACGGCAGGAGGUUUUGACCUCGCUGUUAUUGGGGGUUUCUCUGUUUAUUUUUGCUGGGUUUGUUGUUCGGAGCAGUUGUUUGCGUUUUAUUAUGUUGUAAUAGAGGUGAUUUGGGUUGGUGUUGAGCGGGUGGAGUUUGAUGCAUUGUUUAUUCUACAUCUGUUCUUGUGCGAGCUCGGUUUGAGGAUUUCAAGAUUAGCUUUUUUGUUGAAAGGAGGUGUGGUGUUGGUAUAGUCAUGGCAAACAGGGGUUCAUUUUCUCAGACGCAGCAGUUUUGCAGUUUCUCAUCUGAAGGGAGUGGAGGAAAGGAUGCGUUGUAUGGAGAAUUAUGGAAGGCUUGUGCAGGUCCUCUGGUGGAUGUUCCUAAGAAAGGAGAAAGAGUUUACUAUUUCCCACAAGGUCACAUGGAACAAUUGGAGGCAUCUACAAAUCAGGAACUGAAUCAGAGUAUACAAAUGUUUAAUCUGCCCCCGAAGAUCCUUUGUCGUGUUUUCAACAUUCUGCUACUGGCUGAACAAGACACAGAUGAAGUUUAUGCACAAAUUACUUUGAUGCCGGAAGCAGAUCAAACUGAGCCAAGAAGUCUGGAUAGUAAUCCUGAUGAGCCUCCUAGACCUGCAGUUCACUCAUUCUGCAAGGUUUUGACAGCCUCUGAUACAAGUACGCAUGGUGGAUUCUCUGUUCUUCGAAGACACGCAAAUGAGUGCCUUCCUCCCUUGGAUAUGACCCAACAGACACCAACACAGGAACUAAUAGCGAAGGAUCUACAUGGAACUGAAUGGCAUUUUAAGCAUAUAUUUAGAGGUCAACCUCGGAGGCAUUUGCUUACAACAGGAUGGAGUACAUUUGUUACUUCCAAGAGAUUAGUUGCUGGGGAUUCUUUUGUAUUCCUAAGGGGAGAGAACGGGGAACUACGUGUCGGGGUGAGGCGCCAUGCUCGUCAACAAAGUUCCAUGCCAUCGUCAGUGAUUUCAAGUCAGAGCAUGCACCUGGGAGUGCUUGCAACUGCAUCUCAUGCGGUUAUAACGAAUACCAUGUUUGUUGUUUACUACAAGCCAAGAACAAGUCAGUUCAUCAUAGGCCUGAACAAAUAUCUAGAAGCUAUGGACCAUGAAUUUGGAAUCGGUAUGAGAUUCAAAAUGCGCUUUGAGGGGGAGGAUUCUCCCGAGCGGAGGUUUUCAGGUACAAUUGUUGGGGUUGAGGAUAUUUCUCCUCACUGGAAAGAAUCUAAAUGGAGAUCGUUGAAGGUUCAAUGGGAUGAACCUGCAUCCAUUCCAAGACCCGAGAGAGUUUCUCCGUGGGAGAUAGAGCCAUUUGUCGCAUCAGUCCCCACGGCCCUGGUUCAGCCACCGACGAUAAAGCAUCAUAAAAGGCCCCGAUCACAUGUUGAAAUGCCAGUUCCUGAAACUUUGACUUCAACUGCAUCACCUGCCUGGAAUCUGACUCACGAGUCCCAUCAAAUAAAUCGUGGUUUUGAAGGACAAAGGAGCAACAUUAUGGCUAAUUCACACACUAAGCAAGAUGUUACAGUUGCAGUUAUGAAACACUCCAGCAACAAUGCAUCAAGCACUCAUAUAAACGGAGGCCGGCAAUCUUCGGCCUGUGUAAAUGCUUCUCCAAAUAUGAUUGCUGAAGAAACAGAAGAGAAUAAAAGCGCUUCAGCUUGGUCUGUCGUUUCAAACUAUUCAUCUCCGAGCUCAGGAAAGCAAGGCAAUAGCCCGUCAUCUUGCCUGAAUAAUGGAAUGAAACCCGAUACUGUUGCAUCAUGCAGAUUGUUUGGGUUCGAUUUGAGAUGUCCUUCAGUAAGGACUCUUUGUGAAAAUUCUCCUUUAAAAUCUGUUGAUGUACCAAAUGAUGCUGGUGAAGUCCCGAGUACUGUGUCCUCAGGUGACUCGGACCAGAAAUCCGCAGUUUCUAAGGACUGUAGAGACUCAAAGCAAGACCAGUUGCAAGCACCAACUAAGGAGGUUCAGAGCAGACACAGCAACUCCUCCAGAAGUCGCACCAAGGUGCAAAUGCAAGGUGUUGCAGUCGGACGAGCAGUAGACUUGACGAUAUUGAAGGGAUAUGAUGAUCUUAUAACAGAACUUGAAGAGAUGUUCGAGAUUAAGGGGGAGCUUCGGCCUCGAAAUAAAUGGGAAAUCGUGUUUACAGAUGAUGAAGGGGACAUGAUGCUCAUGGGCGACGAUCCAUGGCCAGAAUUUUGCAACAUGGUUCGAAGGAUAUUCAUUUGUUCGAGCCAAGAUGUGAAGAAAAUGAAAGGAGGCAAGCUCCCUUUACCGACUGCAGAAUGUGAAGGAACUGGCAUUAACUUGGAAAAUCUUGCAGAUUGAGAUCGAGAUCAAGAUCGCCGUUUCUCUCCAUUCCCUUUAUCCUUUCACUUCUUUGGUGUGUCUUCUUUUCAAAGAAACGAGCCAGUUUUGUGAUGCAGAACCAGUGCAUGGAAAUGUUGUUUGGUCGGUGGAGUGGCUUUAUUAUCCUUUGAUUUACAAAAGGAUGCUGGCGGACGAAUGGAGUGAUCCGGGCCGGACAAACAGGUUGAUCCGACCAACUAUCACAACAACUAGCUUAGUUUGGUGGCUUGAUUUAGUGUAUCUUUUGACUCCUCUGUAUAACAAGACUGGAAAUGAGAUCAGGGUCAAGUUAAUGGAGUAGGCUUAGAAUCUGUGAAUAGUAGGAGCUUGUUUGUGGUGAACAUAGAUGAGAACAAAUCAUUCUCAUCCGCUGUAUAUAGCAUCCAUGUUGACUUCUAGUUAAAUUGGAGGGCUUUUCUUGUUUAUGUGAAAUGUGACUGAUUUCAAAGAAAAA